UCUCCUGCGGCUGGCAGAGAGGAUAAUUUGCUUUAUAUGGCAGGGGAUCAAAUGCUCUGCUGUAACCUCUCGCUUCCAGGUACUCGCCCGCCCCGGCCCCUUCCUUCCUCCGCAGCCCCUCCCGCGCCCUCCCCCCGCAGCGCUGACAGCCCCGCCGGGGCCGGCGGUUAUAAUAGGCCGCUGCCCGUCGUCCCGGGGCGGAGAGACGCUCCCCGGUGCCGCGCCCCAUGUGCAUGCGGCGGUAACGGCUCCGGUCCGCCGCGCUGCUCCCGGGCCACUCGCUCUGGGGGGGCCGCUCCAGGCCCGGCCCGCAGGGCCAGGGUAGGGGCUGCGGGACAAUGGACAGAGCCCUCGCGGGGCGCCCCGCUGCCCGGCUGCUGGCCGCGGGGCUGCGCUAGGGUGGCCCCGGCUCCCCCCCGCCCCGAUCCCGGGGCGGCGGCGACGAUGCAGCACCCGCUGGAGCUGGGGGCCGCGCACUACUUCCCGGCUGAAGCCUUCCCCGACCACCGGUCGCAUCGCUACCGCAGCUUCAUGAUCGAGGAGAUUCUCACCGACCCCCCGGAGGCCAAAGGGGCCGCGCCGGCCGGGGAGCUGCUCAAGUUCGGGGUACAGGCGCUGCUCUCCGCCCGGCCAUACCACAAUCACCUCGCGGUGCUGAAGGCGGAGCCGGCCGCCGUGUUCAAGUUUCCGCUGGCUCCUUUGGGCUGCUCGGGGCUGGGCUCGGCGCUGCUUGCGGCCGGCUCCGGGCUGCAGGGCGGCUCCGCCUCGCCUCAUCUCCCGCUGGAGCUGCACCUUCGUGGCAAGCUGGAGCCGGGGCCCCCGGAGCCGGGCAGCAAAGCCAAAAAGGGCCGCCGCAGCCGCACCGUCUUCACCGAGCUGCAGCUCAUGGGGCUGGAGAAGCGCUUCGAGAAGCAGAAAUACCUCUCCACGCCCGACAGAAUAGACCUGGCCGAAUCGCUGGGGCUCAGUCAGCUUCAGGUGAAAACCUGGUACCAGAACAGGCGCAUGAAAUGGAAGAAAAUAGUGUUGCAGGGGGGAGGCCUGGAGUCCCCCACCAAGCCCAAGGGCCGCCCCAAGAAGAACUCCAUCCCCAGCAGCGAGCAGCUCUCGGAGCAGGAGCGAGCCCGGGACGCCGAGAAGCCGCCCGAGAGCCUGGGUUCGCCGGCCGAGGUCAGCCAGGAGGAGUGAGGGUGACGGCCUGGGGCCCCACGACGGCCCCGCCGUCCCUCGGGCGCUGCCCGCAAAGCCCGCGCCCGGCCCCGCACUUUACCGGCGGGACGGGGGCGAAGGGCUGCCCCAGUUAAUGGCGACGGUCGCCUUCGGCCUCCUGUGAACUGAGCGUUUGGGCCGGUGGUACCCCUGCCGCUCCUCUCCGCCCCCGCGGAGCGCUGCUCCACGGCCGCCGGUGUUGUGUGCGAGGGCCCGGAGGACACUGGAUCCCAUCUGACACACCUACUCGCUGUCUAAAACCCUGUGGUGCCCCUAGUUAUUCGAAAACUGCAUUUUAUGAUCGGUUUUAUUAAUGCGAAGAUAUUUACUUUAUUUCAAUAAAGUAUUUUAUGAACUAUUGCUCUGA